CAGAGAUCAUGUGACAGGAAGUGUUCAGUAACAAUCCUAAUAGCAGAGUCCGGAAUCUUCUCUGCACACUUGUCUAUACCCCUGAUGGCUGUGGAAUAGGAGGACAUAGGGUCUAUAAUAUGGAAUCUUUGCCGGAAAGUUCUGGAGGAACAAUGAGCGGACUAGAAAACCCCAUAUCAGAGAAUGGAGAGAAGCCAUUUUCAUGCCCGGAAUGUGUAAAGAGUUUUAGUAAAAAAUCAAAUCUUGAAAAUCAUAUAAAAACUCACACAGGAGAGAAGCCAUUUUCAUGUCCGGAAUGUGUGAAGUGUUUUAUUCAGAAAUCAAGUCUCAUGGAUCAUAUGAAAACUCACACAGGAGAGAAACCAUUUUCAUGUUCAGAAUGUGUAAAGAGUUUUAGUCAUAAAUCAAGUCUUGUGGAACAUCUGAGAACUCACACAGGAGAGAAGCCAUUUUCAUGUCCGGAAUGUCUGAAGAGUUUUGCACACAAAACAAAUCUUUUGCAUCAUAUGAGAACUCACACAGGAGAGAAGACAUUUUCUUGUCCAGAAUGUGUAAAGAGUUUUAGUCAUGAAUCACAUCUUGUGGGGCAUAUGAGAACUCACACAGGAGAGAAACCAUUUUCAUGUCUGGAAUGUCUGAAGAGUUUUACACACAAAACAAAUCUUUUGCAUCAUAAGAGAACUCACACAGGAGAGAAGCCAUUUUCAUGUCCGCAAUGUGUGAAGUGUUUUACACACAAGACAAAUCUUAAAAAACAUAUGAGAACUCACACAGGAGAGAAGCCAUUUUCAUGUCCAGAAUGUGUGAAGUGUUUUGGUCAUAAAUCAAGUCUUGUGGAACAUAUGAGAACUCACACAGGAGAGAAGCCAUUUUCAUGUCCAGAAUGUGUGAAGAGUUUUAGUCAUAAAUCAACUCUUGUGGAACAUAUGAAAACUCACACAGGAGAGAAGCCAUUUUCAUGUCCAGAAUGUGUGAAGAGUUUUAGUCAUAAAUCAACUCUUGUGGAACAUAUGAGAAAUCACACAGGAGAGAAACCAUUUUCAUGUCCAGAAUGUCUGAAGAGUUUUACACAGAAACCAACUCUUUUGCAUCAUAUAAGAACUCACACAGGAGAGAAGCCAUUUUCAUGUCCGCAAUGUGUGAAGUGUUUUACACACAAAACAAAUCUUAAAAAACAUAUGAGAACUCACACGAAAGAGAAGUAAUUUUCAUGUCCGCAAUGUAUGAAGAGUUUUACACAGAAACAAACUCUCUUACAUCAUAUGAGAACUCACACAGGAGAGAAGCCCUUUUCAUGCUUGGAAUGUGGAAAUGUUUUAGGCUGAAGUCACAUGUUUUUAACCUCUUAAAGGAGUAGUCCGGCGUGCACUUUUCUCAUUUAAUCUGGUCUGGG